AUGGUCCAUGACUCUCACCAGUCACCUGCUGUGCUGUCAACAUUUACUCGUUUUGCUGAUGUUAAGGGCCUGAUUGAACAAGACUUUGCUCUGCUGUUUGGAGAAGAGACUUCAGCAAAACUUCUUGAACGGUGGCCAACAAUGUUCAAGGAAAAGACUAUUGAGCAGAGUAAAACCCUGUCACAUAUCAGCAUUGAACUCAAAGAACUCAUCCGCACAGCAGAGUCACCUCAGUCAGAAAAUGGUGAUAUAGAGGAUUGGGACAGUGACUUGUCCUCGCUGUUGCUGCUGGUCUAUUUGCUCCCCCCUACUUCCCAAGGCCGGAGAAAGCCCGGGAGAUUAUCAGCUACACAUGCAAUAGAACACCUUGUGAGGUUUCUAAAGACUGGGAACAGUGUUCAGGGACAUUUAGAUGCCAUUAGCUUCAGUCUGUCGGGGUUGGUCAAGAAAAUUUGCAUAACCUAG